AUGGCUUCCUCCCCAGCUUGUGAGACUGAUGCGCUUCUUCAGCCAAAUACAGGCGACGAAUAUUUUGUUGAAACUAGUUGCGUUACGAUCAACGACUAUGGCUUCAAACACUACGAUGAUAGUUUCGAUCCGCAAGGGUUGGAUGUGCAACAAAAGUGGACCACCGUGCUACUUCUCGCCUUCAUGGGGUUUUGUGUAACAUUUAGUUGCCUUUCAGUAGUACCCAUUUCAGCUGAUAUCACCUCUGACCUUUCCCACAACAAUGAUAGAAGCAUGUACGCUAGCGUACUGGUCGUUACUAUCUGGGAGCUUGGUGAGGCAGCAGGGCCACUUUUUCUCGCACCAUUAUCGGAAAGCUUAGGAAGACGGCCUGUCAUAAAUGGCGCCAACAUAUUAUUCUUCCUUUUCAACAUUCUGGCGGCUCUUUCUCAAGACACAGAAACAUUCAUUUUCGCGCGAGCCCUUUCUGGCUUCGCAGUCACCUCUCAUGUCCUUAAUCCGGCAGUAGUAGGGGACAUGUUCGCUCCUGAGCGUCGAGGAUCACCCAUGAGCUUGGUAAUUCUCGCGUCAUUUAUCGGUGGUGCUAUUGGUCCCAUAUGCGGCAGUAUUAUUGCCAAAGCGUGGGGCUGGCGAUCACUUAUCGGAAUCGCUUCUGCUUUCGCCGGUACAGCCGAAGCCCUGUUCUUCGCUUUCUUCCGGGAGACGUAUCGAUUGCUGCCCCCUGUCAGUAUGAGCGAAGAUACCCGCGCGACAGAUGAUAACAGCCCUCGCCAAGUGGAGACUCGGACAGUUCUCUCUGCUUCAAUUACCAGACCCUUGUAUAUUUUUGGCUCCUCUGGUAUUCUUAUGAGCCUCUCACUCUACGGUUCUAUCGUCUUCGCUAAUUUCUACAAUGUGUUCACGACGCUUCCUGGCAUACUUGAAACAAAGUACGAUGGAAACACAGCCAAUACUGGCUUUAUCAUGCUCUUUUUUAGUGCAGGAUCGGCAGCCGGCAUUAUGAUCUCUCACGUAUCUCUUGACAGGGUCUACCACGUCAUGAAAGAGUCGCAUGGCAAUCAUGUAGGCCAACCGGAGUUUAGACUGCCCAUCGCAAUAGCAGGCUCGUUAGCAUUGCCACCCGGUAUUUUGCUAUAUGGCUGGACUUCAGAGUUUGAACUACCUCUGCAUACAAUGGCAUUCUCCCUCUUUCUGCUUGGUGCAUCUAUUAUGCUGAUCAUUUUGCCGCUGUCAGCGUAUAUCGUGGAUGCGUUCACCCUAUAUUCGGCCAGUGCAUUGACAGCAUUCGUCAUCUCGCGGUGUUUAAUGUGCACCAUGAUGCCUCUUGUAACCGCGAUUCUUAUAGAACGGUUGAACUAUGGAUACGGGUUUUCGAUUGUGGCCCUGUUGAAUAUCAUAGUGCUUCCAAUCCCGAUAAUUGUUUUUCAAUAUGGGUCACGGUGGAGGCAAGGAUCAUCCUACACGCAAGAUAUAUGA